GUCAAAGAAAUCUCGAAAUGUCAAUGUGUCAAUGUCACUUUUCUCCAAUUCUAGGUUAUGUCCUCUAAUUGUUAAACGUAAGUGUGCGUCAAUAAGGUGGUAAAAUAAUUGUUAUAUCCGCAACAAAACCGAAACAAAAAUGCCCGCCGCCGAAGAAGUGAAAUCCAGCUGGGCCGACGAGGUGGAACUGGAGGGCGGUUCGUUGCCGCCCUCCACCGAGGUCCUCGAAAACGGCCAAAAGAUCAUCACCGAAUACAAGUACAACGAGGACGACAAGAAAAUCAAGAUCGUGCGGACGUACAAGAUCGAGAAACGCAUCGUAUCCAAAUCGAUCGCCCUGCGGAAAACCUGGAAGAAAUUCGGAGAAGCCUCCGGGGACAAACCGGGCCCCAAUCCAGCCACUACGAUCGUCACCGAAGACGUUUACAUGCAAUACAUAACCAGCAAGGAAGAGGACAACAAGCAAGAGGACGAUGGAAUCGAUAAACUCAAAGCUUUGGGAGAUAAGAACGCUGUGAAAUGUCGAACGUGUAACGGAGACCAUUGGACUACGAAGUGUCCAUGGAAGGACACUAUGCUAGUAGGCGGUAAGAUGCCCGAUGAGAAGAAACUCUCCGCUGUAACCGGAGCUGGCGAAGCCGGUAAACAAGGUGGAUCUAAAUACGUCCCCCCUUCGAUGAGAGACGGCGCCGCCAAGCGAACCGACGGCUCCAACAUGGCCAAACGGGACGACAGCUACUGCGCCAUCAGGAUAGCCAAUCUCAGCGAAUCCACCACGGAAUCGGACCUGGAGGAGCUGGUGAAGCAGUUCGGGCCGCUGCAGAAGCUCUACCUGGCCAAGGACAAGAUGACCGGCAUGUGCAAGGGCUUCGCCUACAUCCACUUCAAGUUCCGCAACGACGCCGCCCAGGCGAUAGCCCGGCUCAACGGGCACGGUUACGAUCACCUGAUUCUCAGCGUCGAUUGGUCCAGGCCCAUGCCCAAUUCGAAUCCUUAGUGCAAGCCGUAGGGAGAUUAUGUAUCGCGUGGGAUUAUA